AUGGAGCUGCAGAGCCGGCCCGAGGCGCUCGCCGUGGAACUCGCGCGCCACCAGGCCGGGUGCGAACCUGCGCUGUUUGCAAAAGUAGUUUUGGCGAUUGUUGCUCGAGCGAGCCGCGGCGUGGCGGCCGGAGCCCGAGCGGUGUUCGGCGUGCGCGUCCGGCCGCCGCGCGUGCGGGACGCCGCCCGGGAAACUUGGGGCGCGCUGCGGCCGGCCUGGCCCGCGGGGCGCCGGGCGGGGAGCUGCGGCCCGCGGGGCUCGGGCGCACCUGACCCUCGGCCGGCCGGCCUGAGCCCGCUCCCCGUGUUUCCGCAGAACGGCGACCUCAAGAAGCAGCUCCACGAGAGGCAGCCGCGGAUCGCAGCGCUCAGCGACAAACAAGCUUUGGGAACCAUCACUGCAGUGCCUGUCACGGGUCCUCAGGUCAGCUCCUUGCAGAGGUUGGCCGGGCAAGGAGCGGCAGUGCUACCUCAGGUUAGGCCAAAGACUCUGAUUCCAGACAGCCUCCCUGUCACCCCGGGCCGAGACCGGCCGCCCAAACAGCCCCCAACCUUCCAGAAGGCCACCGUGGUCAGCAUCAAGAACCCCAGCCCUGCCCUCCCCACUGCCAACAACACCGUCAGCCCUGUGCCAGCGCCCGGCAGCCAGCCCCAAGCCCUCGCCGAGCCCGCUGCCCUCGCCUCUCCCCUGAGCGGUGCCGGCGUGGCCUGCGCCAUCGUCUCCACCUCCCCCAGCAAUGCCGCCGCCAUGGCCCCCAGCACCGCCCUGUCUGUGGUCAGCGACAGCAUCAAAGUCCAGCCCCUCCUCAUCAGUGCCGACAACAAGGUCAUCAUCAUUCAGCCUCCAGUGCAGACACAGGCCGAGAGUACGGCGGUGUCACGGCCACCCACAGAGGAGCCGUCUCAGGGAGCUCAGGCCACCAAAAAGAAGAAGGAAGAUCGGCCCCCGACCCAGGAGAACCCCGAGAAAAUCGCCUUCAUGGUAGCGCUAGGCCUGGUUACCACAGAACACCUGGAAGAAAUACAGAGCAAGCGGCAGGAGCGGAAGAGAAGAAGCACAGCCAACCCUGCCUACAGCGGCCUCCUGGAGACCGAGAGGAAGCGGCUGGCCUCCAACUAUCUCAACAACCCCCUGUUCCUCACAGCGAGAGCCAAUGAGGACCCCUGCUGGAAGAACGAGAUCACCCACGAGGACCACUGUGCCGCCUGCAAGCGCGGGGCCAACCUGCAGCCCUGCGGCACCUGCCCGGGGGCCUACCACCUCAGCUGCCUGGACCCCCCCCUCAAGACGGCACCCAAGGGCACAUGGGUGUGCCCCAAGUGCCAGCAGAAGGCCUUAAAGAAAGAUGAGGGUGUGCCCUGGACCGGGAUGCUCGCCAUUGUGCACUCCUAUGUCACCCACAAGACAGUCAAAGAGGAGGAAAAGCAGAAGCUGCUGCAACGAGGCAACGAGCUGCAGAACGAGCACCAGCAGCUGGAGGAGCAGGACCGGCAGCUGGCCUCGGCCAUGAAGAAAAGCCUGGAGCUUAAGACCAGCCUGCUGGCCCGCCAGAGGGGCACCCAGUCGUCCCUGGACCGCCUCCGGGCCCUCCUGAGACUGAUACAGGGCGAGCAGAUGCUCCAGGUCACCAUGACGACCACCAGCCCCGCUCCGCUGCUGGCUGGGCCCUGGACCAAGCCCUCGGCGGCAGCUGUGCACCCCACCCUCCAGCACCCCCAGGGCCACAACUGACCCCAAGGGACUUGUCUUCACACCAUGGAAAGUUACGGGAACCCUGCUCACAUGACCUGGGGUUUCUGUCGGCCUUAAUUCAUAAACACUAUGAAUUUCAGACAAAAAUAUGCCAGAGAGAGACAGAGGAGAGAAGGCAGAAGAAGCUGGGCUGGUAGGGCCCUAUGCCCUUUGCGCAGAGGGGACACCUGGGAGCCAGGUGGGGGCCACACCCCAUCCCCACCGUCUGGGGGCUGCCCAGGCCUCGGCGUCCGGGCCCAGCCGUCUCCACGGCCUCGCACUGUCCCGCGGAGAGGGAGGCCGCGUGUGAAGGGGACAGGCACACUGCCCUGCAGGCCGGGAGGGAGCCCUGGGAGCACAGGGCUGUAGCUGAGUAGUAGAGGUAGUUGGUUGUGCGUUGGGAAGAACUGGGUAGCAGGUCUAGGUAGUUCCCCGACGCCCCUCUCUGCUGGAAGGCCCACCCGGGGCUGGGCCAGGCCCGGCCACUCCCUCGCCUUCCGAACCGCUGGCGUCAGUAUUAUUAGGGUUAAGACUUGCAGCUGUUUAACUUGAAAGACCCGCUCUGAGGCCUUGUCCCAGGACAGGGCCCGCAGGGUCUGCCUGCCGGGGCCUCCGCCCCGUCUCUGAGCCUCUCUGGAGGUUCGAGGUUUGCCUCCGUCCUUUCGCUGGUCUCCUGGACUCAUUUUGCUGCCGAUGUAUUUUUCUCAUGGAGUUUUUGG